UAUGUAACACAUUUUCAGAUCCUCUUCUUGCGCUUGACCCAUAAUGCUUUGCGCCUUGAGGAUUUCGUGAAUUGACUUCAGCUCCUUAAAAGUGACUUUUGUUGUGUGCCCACUUCAAACAAUCGUAAACRAAAUCCUAAACUGCAGUUCUACAGAAUUCCAAAAGAUCCAAGUCGAAACUUGUAUAUCUGGUAACCCUGUGUUAAUAAACUGGCCUGGAUACAUUUCCAGUAAACAAAUAUGAACUUCAUUCGUUCGAUUCAUGAAGAUUGCAUAACCAACUGGAAUGACAUGUGUUGGUCUUUGCGAGCAAAUCUUCGUGCUCUUUCCAAGACUCUAAAGUUCAUCUCUCUGCUCGAUUCACAAGUAAAAUCAUCUUCAUUUGAAAAUGUUAUGAUGGAAACACAGAAGGCUAAAGUUGUUCUCUUUGGUGAACAUCAUCAUGAACCGCAAAUUCUCAAAGCACAGCUUUGUAUUCUUGAAGGCAUGGCUUCACAAGCCCAAAACCAAGACAGAAAAUUGGUAGUGGUUGUAGAGAUGUUCAACUUUCAACAGCAAAGCCUGCUAGAUGCAUAUCACAACCAUGAAAUCACUUUGAAUGAGCUUCAUCAAAAGUACAAGGGCACAGAAGGAUUUUCCAUCCUAAAUCAUUAUGGAUAUAUUCUUGACGUUGCUAGAAGUUUYGGAAUCAAAGUUAUUGCAGGGUUURUUCCAAAACCACUUUGUAGAACUAUUAUMWAUGARGGAAAAGAACACACCUUGAAAAAGAUAGACAAAAUCGGUGGMCCUUCAAAAGAUUUUUACAUUGAUGGGACUGAGAAMCAUUACAGAUAUUUCCAGGGUUUGAUAAGUGGGAACAUGACUGAUGUUGUAGACAACAAAUACCGCAAGAUAUUCCCAUCUCAAAUUUUAAAAGACAGUUUCUUUGCACAUACUGUUACCAAUAUAAUUGAGACAUSUGAUGAUGUCAAAGUAUUAGCCUUGUGUGGCUCAGGACACAUGGACCAUGGAUAUGGGGUACCAGAAAGAAUUCCAAGUCAUAUUCCAAGACUUCUGAUUACUUCAAGAAUGAAAGAAGACCCAAUYGAGAAGGAUGUUGCACAUUUUAUUUAUCAAUACUCAUAAAUUAAGAAAAGUCUUUCUCUAUAUUAAUCGAUUAUUAAUAUAUUUUUAAUAAAUAGACUUYUGUCAAUAAUUCAG